UUUUGAAACAAGGAAUCUAUACUCCCAAUUCACAACGCUGCUAAACAAGAGAAACUAAACGGAAGCAAUCCCCGGAAACAUGAAUACGGCGUCGUUAACAGUGGCUGCUUUCUAAUCCCGACCACGACCAGAAAAACGAACACUAUCCGGAACCGCAGAACCACCAGUCUGCCCAGCUCUCCGUUGAGCCUUCGAGGAAUCGAAACGCCACUCCGACUUGGCGCCAAUCUCUCUCUCUCUCUCUCUCUCUCUCUCUCCAAUGUGCGCCUGCAAACCCCUAGUCCGUUCUUCUUCUCUUGCUUCUCUGGAAUGCAGUCUACGAUGCAAUCGACGAACACCCUCUUCAUUUUCUCCUCGGAAUCUCUCUUCCCUCUCUGCCCCCAUAUGCUCUACCUCCUGGUUUGCCUCGCUCUUCUCUCCAAAUACGGGGUUAGCAAUCGACGCGCAAAGAGUUAAUCUGAGAGCUUACUCAUACGGUGAAGGAGCUCUUGCCUUCGAAAAUACAGGUCCCUUAGAUGAAAGCGUCGGUAAAGGCUUAACCCUAGAAACUCCAGAAGACUCGGUUAAAGACACCGUGGAGCAGCUGCUUUCCAAGGGCGAUGAUGUCGCGAGACUGAUGAAAAUGGAACGAAGGCCUGAGGCUAAUGUCGGAGGCCAACCCACUCGUCCAACUAGGUGGUUUCCGUAUCUUGAUAGAUUCAAGGCGGGAAGUUCAUUUUUGAGCAGCAGAGAGGUGUUGGAAGCGCUCAAUCCUUAUAUACUGGACGUGAGGAAACAGAGGUUUAACAAUGCGGUGAAGAAUAGGACCUAUUCGGUGUGUUUGGUGGUUGAGGGUUUGAGUGAUUUUGGGAAUGUUUCGGCCGCAUUUCGCUCGGCUGAUGCACUUGGGUUUCAAUCGGUUCAUGUAGUCUCCUGCGACAGCGCUAAAAGGUAUAGAGACAACCGUCAUGUUAGCAUGGGUGCAGAGAAAUGGUUGGAUAUUGAAUUGUGGAACUCUACCCAAGAAUGCUUUCAGGUUUUAAAGUCACGUGGGUAUCGCAUUGCCACAACACAUGUGGGUAUAAAUGCGGUUUCCAUUUAUGACAUGGAUUGGUCAUGUCCAACUGCGAUAAUUGUUGGAAAUGAAAGCAGGGGAGUAAGUGAUGAAGCUUUGGAGUUGUCGGAUUUGCAUUGCAGUAUUCCUAUGAAAGGCAUGGUGGACUCCUUCAAUGUUUCUGUUGCUGCAGGCAUCCUCAUGCAUCAUGCAGUUUGUGACAGAACUUUGCGUCUGGGUUGUCAUGGUGACCUGAGCCUGGAAGAAAGCCAAAUCCUACUUGCGGAGUUCUCUCUGCGUCAUAGCAAGAGUACGAUUAGCAUUGCGCAUGAGUAUGCGAAUCGGAAGACAGUCAAACCGAUCCCAAAGCUCUAAGGAAGAUUGGAAUACAAUGAACUGAUAAUUUUGUUCCCAAACAUUUACAGACAUCAGAUUUCCAGGGUUCUAGACUUCUAUUUUUAUUAUCAUUUUGUUUACACAUUUAAAAUCAGCAUAAUGUUGUGGAUGUAUACAAAGCACAGGAAUGUAUCUGCAGGUCAUCUAGUUAAUUGCUUUUCUAAAACGUACGAAAGCUAGAAUAUAGCAGUGGUUUUUCUUGAUGGCA